AUGGAGCCAACACGUGUUCAACAGAAACUUAGACCGGUGUACGAUUACAUUAUUGUUGGGGCAGGAAGCACCGGCUGUGUAAUCGCAAACAGGCUUUCAGAGGACGCAAACAAAACCGUACUGAUUCUAGAGGCUGGAGGUGAUGACCGAUCCUACCCGAACAUUGCAAUACCCGGACGAUGUGGAAGCUUGGGCAAUACUGACUGCGAUUGGGGCUUCAAACUCGUAUCAGAGAAACACGCAUUUAAAGGCUACGAAAACCAGGUUUACAAUUCCGUAUGUGGGAAGGUCCUUGGGGGUUCUGGCGCUAUUAACUUCCAGAUGUACAUGAGGGGAACCCCUCACGACUACGAUACAUGGAAGAACAUGGGCUGUACAGGCUGGGGGUAUGAAGAUGUUCUUCCCUACUUCAAGAAGUCAGAGGGGUGCCUUGUUAAUGAACUUGCAGAUUCAGGUAUGAUGCAGGCACAAAGUACAGUUGGUGAUGGAAUUCGUCAAAGUUCCGCAGAAUGCUUUCUUCGACCUGCUCAAUCUCGUCAAAACCUACACAUAGUUACGCAUUGUUACGUCACAAAGGUGUUGAUAACCCACAACGUGGCUAGAGGAGUUCUGUUCGUCCGGCAAGGCCACCUAGAAACAAUCCGAGCACGAAGGGAAGUGAUACUAGCGGCAGGGGCAUACUGUUCUCCACAGAUCUUAAUGCUUUCUGGUGUAGGACCAAAGGAACAUCUGGAAAAUCAUGGGAUUAGAGUACAUCAAGAUCUGCCGGUUGGAAACAAUUUACAGGAUCACGCGGCUGUAAUCGGCCUCGAGUUUGAAAUCGACCAACCAUUGUCUGUCACAUCGGAAAUCUUGGCAUCCAAAGCAACUUUGGAUCUGUACGAAGAGCAGCGAGCUGGCCCAAUAGCCUCGACUGGACUGGAAUGGACAGCUCUGAUCCGAACAAAGCACCAGUCUGAGGAAAAUCCGAACCCUGACGUACAGCUAAUAGGCAUCAACGGAUUAAUAGGCACAGGCAAGAAUGGUCGACCCAAAAACAUGGCUGGUAUAAGAAACAAGGUGUUUGAUGCCAUCUUCGAAGGUAAUGAAGGGAAGUACGGCUUCAGCGUGAUUGUUCUCAAUACCAGUACAAAAAGCAGAGGAACAGUGCGACUUGCCAGCGACGAUCCUCUCCGUCAACCUGUGAUACAGCACCACACCUUGGCAGAUCAAAGGGACGUCACCUCGAUAGUUGAAGGUAUAAAAACUGUGAUGGAAUUAGUGAAGACGAAACCAUUGAAGUCUGUGGGCGCACGGUAUACCGGGCGUGUACUGCCAGACUACCACAAAGCUCCAUUUACAGACGAGUACUGGGCCGAGUAUGCGAGGACACUUACAAAUACGUAUCACCCGUCCGGGACGUGUAAGAUGGGCAGCAUGUACGAUCCAACCACAGUGGUGGAUCCUAAACUCAGAGUGAAGGGCGUGGAGAGACUUCGGGUAGCGGACGCCUCCAUCAUGCCGACAAUUACCUCAGCGAACCUAAACGCCACGUGUGUGAUGAUUGGAGAAAAAGCGGCAGACCUCAUCAGAUCAGCAUCCCUCUUGUCUAGAUUGUAA